AUGCGCAUUCAAUACCUAGUUAGCACCUGCCUCGCGGCAAUUACUUCCACAUCCCUAGCAGAACACAUUCCAUUUGAUCACAUCCUCACUACAUCCGCUACCCCGACAUCGACAAAAGUAGCAGACUCUGCUUGCACCAACGGUCCCCUAACAAGAAGUUGUUGGUCGAAUGGUUACAGUGUUGCCACGGAUUUCGACGCCAAAUGGCCAACCACUGGAAACACAGUAUCUUAUAAUCUUGAGAUCACCAAUGGCACGUGUAAUCCAGACGGUCAUGGAUCAAAGCCCUGCCAACUUUUCAACAACCAAUACCCAGGUCCUCUCAUUACCGCUAACUGGGGUGAUACCAUUUCAGUCACGGUCAAGAAUUCCUUAACUGCAAACGGUACUGGUGUCCACUGGCAUGGUAUCCGCCAGCUCGGUACCUGCCCCCAGGAUGGCGUCCCUGGUAUUACCGAGUGUCCGUUAGCCCCAGGCGAUACCAAGACCUAUACAUUCAAAGCGACCCAAUUCGGGACGACAUGGUAUCAUUCUCACUACAGCUCUCAGUAUGGUGAAGGUGCAUUUGGCCCUAUAGUUAUUAAUGGCCCUGCUUCCGCCAAUUACGACAUCGACCUAGGUCCAAUGAUGCUAAACGACUUCUACUACCAGACAGCAUUCCAAGUCGGCUCGAUUGCCCAUCAAAACUUGCAAAAUGGCGCGCCACCACCACCUGCUGACAACCUCAUCGUCAAUGGAACUAACAAGAACGCCAAUGGCGGUGGAUCCUAUGGCAAGGUCACAUUGACCAAAGGCAAGAAAUACCGCCUCCGUCUCAUCAACAUGAGCGUUGACAACAACAUUCGUGUCUCUCUGGACAAUCAUCCAUUCCAGGUGAUCACCGCCGACCUUGUUCCCAUCAAGCCAUUCGUAGCGAACUGGGUUCUUCUCGCGAUUGGCCAAAGAUAUGAUGUAAUAUUUACCGCAAACCAGACGGCUGACAACUACUGGUUCCGCGCAGAGGUUGCCACAGACUGCGCCAGCUCCAACAACUUCCAUGGUCGAAGCAUCUUUACUUAUUCAGGUGCUAGCGGUAAUGACCCUACUACAAGCGCCUUUGCCAAUCCAUCCACUGGCUGCGUCGACAUGAGCCCUCUUGUUCCAUGGGUCAAGAACACCGUCGAUAGCACAGCUUUCGUUAAUCAGGUCGGUAACCUUCAAGUAGACUUGGCGCAAGAGCAAGCUACGACCAACGGUCAAAACAUUGUCGUCUGGGCCGUCAAUUUCACAGCUAUCAACGUCGACUGGGACAAGCCGACUCUCGAGUAUGUUAAGACGGGGAAUACCAGCUAUCCUAGUGUGUUCAACCUCAUCGAGAUUCCUAAUGAGGGUAUUUGGUCGUACUGGAUCAUCCAGGAGACCCCAGGAACCCUAGUUCCUAUUCCCCAUCCCAUUCAUUUGCAUGGACACGACUUCUACGUCCUCGGCACGGGAUCUGGCACCUUCGACAAGAGCACUUCUCCUAGCACUCUACAAUACGACAACCCGAUCCGCCGUGAUACCACCUUCUUGCCCGGAGGUGGGUGGCUCGCUAUUGGCUUCCCUACCGAUAACCCCGGCGCCUGGCUCAUGCAUUGCCACAUCGCAUGGCAUGUUGCCGACGGCCUCGCCGUCCAGUUCCUGGAGAGCAAGAGCACCAUGCCAUUGCCCGACUCCGCCUGGGAGUCAACUUGCUCCAAGUUCCAGACUUAUGACAAGAACCCUGGUUGGCCUAAGACUGACUCGGGACUGAAGGCUAGAGGCAUCGAGUCUCAGUAA